GUGCCUAGCCUAACAUGACAGUCUCACUUCCACCACAGUCUAAUUCGUCCAAGGACGCCCAGGCCGCUCGCAAGCGCCGGAGAAGAGCCCCCGCCGGAGGAGCUGCCGAUGACUGCUUCACUUGUAUUAAAAGGAACACUAAGUGCGAUAGGCGGCGGCCAUACUGCUCGCAAUGUCUCGAGAUUGGGAAUGAAUGCUCCGGCUACAAGACUCAACUGACCUGGGGGGUGGGUGUGGCGAGUCGAGGCAAACUGAGGGGACUUUCGCUACCUAUAGCAAAAGCCCCACCAGUUGCGCCUGUUGGAAAGAAGGCCGCGAGCAGGGCCCGAGCAGCAACUUCUGCGACGAACUCAGCUCAGUGGAAUAACCCGGAAGGGGAGCAGCGCAGGGCUCGUCGAGAAGAUGUCGAUAUCGGCGGAGAUCACACCACGUCCGUCCCUACAACACCGUAUGGGGCAUAUUCGGGUUACUCAAGAUUCCCACACGGCGAACCGACGCCAACUUCCCAGAGAGGUUGGGAUGGCCUUCCAACAUACGGCGGCAGCAUGAGCUCCAACGAGCAGUCCAGAUAUCAGAAGUUCAGUUCUUCGAUGGGCCACUUCCCCAUAAUGGGCGACUCGCUGUCAUCGUCUGUGGACUCACUAAACGACGUCGACUACACCUUAUCACCUAUAGGACACGCUUAUACGAGAGAGGAGAUCCCCUUCGUACACAGCCCAACGCUCAUGUACGAUAACUACACGAGCCAGAACUCACCCGCCCCCCAAAGCCCCGCCGGUGCAAUUUUAAUCGACCAACGAGCCCCAACAUCGUGCCCUAGCUUAGUCUAUGCCCCAUCGGAGCCGAGCUCGAGCCUCAGCUCGCACCAUGACUCCUUCGAGCCGCAGAUGGCCCAUAGACUCGUCGCGGACAACGAUACUCUGAGCGUCCCUGAGAUGGAGUCCUAUGGCACCAGUCCACAUUCCGCACAUGGUUCACACUGGGCCCCUUCGAUUUCAAGAGAUGAUGAUGUAACACCCCACGCCGUGGACGCCGCUUCCGCCCUGUCUCUCCCGUACGAGAGCCAGUCGAUACAGGUUAGCCCUGAUCUCAUUGCUAAGAUGCCAUUCUUCAUGGACUACUACGAGAACAUUAUGUGCCCCUCCAUGGUUCUUGUAGAUGGGCCGAAUAAUCCAUUCCGAGACCACAUCCUGCGGUUAGCGUCUGGCAGUCGAAGCCUGCAACACGCCAUCUGUGCCCUCUCCGCGUGCAACCUAAGGAUGAAGAGAAGGCUAAGUCUUGGUCAACGUGCCAGGGACUCGGAAAGCAACGGCUCUGAGCGACUCUCCGAUAUGCAAUCAGAUCACCACUCCUUGUCCGAAGAACACCAACACCGCAACUUGGCCGUCCACCUCCUAAACCAACAACUAAACGAUCCCGCUAAAUCAUGCCACGACUCUGUUUUGGCCACAAUACUACUUCUUUGCCACUACCGCAUGGUUGAGUCCGGUGUUGCGAAGUUUCACACACAAUUCGCCGGAGUUAAGAAGAUUCUCAGCAUGCGAGGUUCCGCCCCAUAUCAGGGAUCCAGCGACUCUGCCUGGAUGGAAGCUAUUUUCACCUAUUUUGACUCGAUAUCGGCCAGCAUCAACGACCGCGAGGCGCAACUCAACCACUCAUUUUACGGACUACCCCCUGACGCCAACCUGCUACCACCAGGAGCCGAGAACUUAGUCGGCUGCGACAGAGAGCUCUUUAAGACUAUUAGUAAGCUUGGUCGUCUAAACCUUCUAGCACAACACCUCCCCGUACAAAGCGUUCUAGCGUCACCUACUGGUCGCGUCGGAACACCAUCGUCUUCUUCUCCCAUAGGUUCUCCGUUGGGUCAUUCUUUCAAACAACCAGCUCCAUCAAUGGGAGAUUUUUUCAGCAUAAAUCAUCAUCGCUACGACGGCAACGGAUUUUCAGCGCAGCUUGAAGAGGAGGAGAUUCUAUCCACAGGGCUUUCCUCUUCCCCCCAAUAUGAUGAACACCGCUCAAGUUUCUGGCGCGAAUGGAAAGACGCCCGCAUGGCUCUUCAGAGCUGGGAAUUCGACGCCCAGCGAGUAGCCUCGUCUCUUCCUAACUCGGCAACGCAGACCCAAGUCCGCGACCUACACUGGCUUUCCGAGGCUUUUCGCUACGCCGCUUUACUCUACACCGAGCGCUUGGCUUCGCCUAACGUGCCUUCGACUCACAACAACUUCCGCAACUUAGUUAGCCAGGUUGUCUACUACGCAAGUUCGCUCGAAGCUGGCAGCAACGCGGAGAAAUUUCUGCUAUGGCCUCUCUUCGUCGCCGGCAGCGAAUGUGUGAACGAGCUCCAGCAAAACAUCGUGCGCAGCAAAUGCCGUGAGAUCAUGUCUCGCAGCGGCUACAUGAACAACCUAGCCGCCAUCGAAGUAUUGGAGAGACUCUGGGCCGGCGAGUACUACGAGCCCCCUACUAGCCCUGGAAAUAAGCUAGGGAUGAGACGCGGAUGUUUCAACUGGACUAAGUGCAUUGGCGGACCGGGAGUCGAAGUGGAGUGGAUUAUGUUUUAA